UCCGUUGGUACACAUAAAAUAUUUUAUCUUGGUAAUACUGUAUCCAAGCACUCCAAGCUCACUUCAGUUUAGACACUUCAACUGUUUCAAUCUAGUUUGUAUUUUGUUUUUCGAAUGUAUUGUGUGAAGGUUUGACGAAUAGUAUUUAGUAAGUGUGAAAAUAAACUAAUUAGCACUGAUAAUUAAAAUGUCAGUCAAAGUAAGUGCAAAUACCUCACCAUCGGUUGAAUUAAGCUCUUACCGUGAUCAACAUUUUAAGGGCUCAAGAGCUGAGCAGGAUAGACUUCUAAGGAAUUCUUCUACAUUGUACGUGGGCAAUCUGUCUUUCUACACAACUGAGGAACAAAUAUAUGAAUUGUUUUCAAAAUGUGGCGAUAUCAGACGCAUUAUUAUGGGUCUUGAUAAAUACAAGAAGACACCAUGUGGUUUUUGUUUCGUUGAGUAUUAUCUCAGAAGUGAUGCAGAGAAUUGUAUGAGAUAUAUCAAUGGUACUCGUUUAGACGACAGAAUAAUUAGAACUGAUUGGGAUGCUGGCUUCAUUGAAGGCAGACAAUAUGGUCGUGGCAAAACUGGAGGACAAGUGAGAGAUGAAUAUCGAUCAGAUUUUGACAGUGGACGAGGUGGUUAUGGUAAAAUAAUACAACAGAAAGUAACAUCUCUUUCUGAUGGUGGAUUUGGACGAUAAGAUACUGAGACAUGUAUGAAUGACGUGUACAUGCACAAGUGUUCAAUCUAUAUUUCAUUAAUUAUUUAUAUGUGACUAAAAUAAUUUAGUUUUAUAUGUAAAUAUAAUGUUUAAUGAUACUUAUGUUAAAUAGGAAUAAUAAAAAAAGAAUUACUUGUACGUACAUGAAUUUCAAUACCUUAAACAAAUAUUUUCAAGUAGAAAGUAGAAUCAUGAAAUUUCUAUCAUCUAACAAUGAAAUCAUGAAAAUUGUAUGUAAAUUUUUCAAUUACCAACAUUUGUACAAAUG